AUGGAUCCGGCGUCGCUGGCUCUCGCAAUACUGCCUCUUGCACUCACCGCGAUCAAGGGGUACAGCAUAUUACACAAGCGCAUGAAGAUAUUCUGUCACUACUCCCGCGAAAUUCGCCGCUUGCGCAAACAUCUAAAUCGACAGCGGCAAUUCUUCCACAAUGAGCUGCAUCUGAUGAUACAGAUUGCGCUCAAAGAUGACCACACGGUCCAAGAUAUGAUGGAAAACCCCGCACAUUGGAAAUGGGAAUGUCAUGACUUGGAAAGAUCCUUGCGAUCCUUGUUGGGACAGAAUUACGAAACAUGCCUCGAAGUAAUUGAAGAGAUCUCCAGCACGGUCCGAGAACUCCAAGAUGAAAUGGAAAGCUUCAAUGAAGUCGAGUCGCUCCGUCAAGAUGGCGAACUACUAAAAGAUGCUGUCCGACGCCUUCGCAGCAGCCUGAAGAUAGCCUGGGACAAGUCCAAAUUCGAAAGCUCGUAUACAGAUCUACGUAACUACAACGACGACCUGAGGCGCCUCCGAAAUCAAGCUAGUGAGAUCAGGGACUUAAAGAUGCCAGCACGAGAAAUUCGAAAACAAUCGAGUCUCGAAUAUGGCAGCUACGGGUUUAUCAGGAGCGCUUCAAAAGCUCUACAUGGUGCAUUCGAGAAUACCUGGUCUGAUGGUCCUAUCGGAUUACGACACAGCGUCAAAAUGUUCAUUGAUGCAAAGGUAGAGGAGCAGGUCUGUAUGGACGUUGCCGUUCUCUGCCACGGACAUAACCCUGCAGCUCUAGACUUAUUGCGACCAAGUCUGAGAGUGAUCCAAGUACGAUCGCAAACAAUGGAAUGGGUGGACAGCAGACCCCAAUCACCUCCUUCAUCAGAUCCUGACGACGGCCAUAGGAAGCGACAAAGAGUUCGUUUCGCAGACGACUGUACUGCUUCGAAGAGUAGCGAGGUUGUGGCCCAACUGCCAACUCCCAAGGGCUCGGAGUCUCAGUCGACAAUGUGUGAGAAUCUUACUGGGACAGACAUAUGCUUGGCACUAGCUGAAGAGCGGUCGAGAUUGUUUGCAACCUCGGUACCGCGGUAUCUUGGCUACAUGGAAAAUUCCUUUCCGGAAAGUUUCAGACAUUCAAUUUACCAUGAAGCCAAAAACAAGGGCCUGAAACCUCAAAAGCUUGCUCUCAUGAGCCAAAUGUUUGGACGCUCAAUGGAGUCUGCAAUGACCGUCGUUGAUCAGCUCAGGCUGGCGCGCAACAUGGUGGUCGCGGUCCUGAAGUUUCAUUCUACACCGUGGUUGAGGCAGUACUUUGUCGCCGACGACUUUCAUUUCUUUGAGGUGGACACUGAUCUAUCCUCUUCUCUGCGAACACUACACUUCAGCGUAGACCACAACAGCAAGGGCUGUACGAGACUCUCUGAAUCAUACAUGCAAGGGAUUGAUAUACCCGACACAUCACAAGACUUGAUCGAGGAGGUUGAGAACGCUAGUAUUCAAUACGGAAUCCGCAACAUGACGUUGUGGAGCCUGGGCGCGAUCCUACUCCAGAUUGGGCGAUGGUCCAAGAUUAAUUCCCCAGAUGAUGUUUUCACUGUUCGAAAACUAUCUUCUCAAGUCCCGCCCCUCGGACCGCGCUACCAGCAGCUCACAAAGAAGUGCUUGGACUGUGACUUUGGCUAUGGCGAUGACUUGUCAAAACCCCGGUUGCAGCAGGCUGUAUACGAGAAUCUUGUCUGUGAGCUGACGGAGAUGAUAGAAGGCUUGAGUAUCUGUAGCUGA